CCCUACCCACUCUACGCCGCCGCGCGCCAGGGCCACCUCGCCAUCGUGCGCCUCCUACUCGACCGCGGCGCCGACCCCGCCCCGGGCGACGGGCGGAACGCGCUUCGCACAGCGCUAUGCAGGGCGUGCUUCCAUGGCGCCGGCGACGUUGCACAGCUGCUGCUCGACAGAGGCGGAGGCGCCAGGCUCGCCACGGGCGCCGUGCACUGCCCGCUCUUCUCCGCGGUCGAGGGCGGCCACCGCCACAUUCUCCAGCUGCUGCUGGCGCGCGGCGUCGACGUCGAGUACGAAGGCGCCGACAAACGGACGGCGAUUGUUGCCGCUGCCGAGCUCGGCCGAACACACCUCAUAAGCAUGCUGGUUGCUGCCGGCGCUGACGUCAACAACGACUCGUGGUCUUGCCUCACCCUUGCUGUAAUCAAUGGUCACCUGGAUACGGUCGAGUUUCUGCUGCAGCAUGGCUUCGAUAUCGAUGGACAGACG